GAGUCCGCGCAAUCCCGCCCGCCUCGGAGAUCACGGGCCUCCUUAUCUUAGACGGGUCCCAACGCUGAGUUUACGACACUGGGGUGGUGGAGCCAAGAUGCCCAGGCCAAGGAAUGUUCUAGACGCAGCCGUUCAGGCGGUGAAUUAGACCACAAAGCCUCCUUCUCGGAGAUGUCCCCGUCUCCUCUCCUGGCGCUGGGGUUCAGAACAACAAUAAAUGAGGGAAACUUGAGAAAGCUGUGUGAAGAUGAAACUCUCUGGGAAAUUGCAAAAGCGGAAGUGGAAAAACGGGGAAGCAGUGGAGAUGAAGGUGAUGGAGUUGAAAUUGGAGAAAAAUCUGUUUUCUUCAUUGGAAGUAAAAAUGGGGGAAAGACUACUAUUAUUCUAAGGUGUCUUGACAGGGACGAGCCACCAAAACCAACCCUAGCUCUGGAAUAUACGUAUGGAAGAAGAGCAAAAGGACAUAAUAUACCAAAAGAUAUUGCUCACUUCUGGGAACUAGGUGGAGGGACCUCUUUACUGGACUUAAUCAGCACACCCAUCACCAGUGACACCUUGCGGACAUUUUCUAUUGUUCUUGUUUUGGAUCUUUCAAAACCUAAUGACCUUUGGCCCACCAUGGAAAAUCUGUUGCAAGCCACGAAAAGCCAUGUAGAUAAAAUGAUAAUGAAACUGGGGAAGACAAAUUCUAAAGCAGCUUCUGAAAUGAGACAGAGGAUAUGGAAUAAUAUGCAGAAGGACCAUCCAGAUCGUGAAUUAGUCGACCCAUUUCUAAUACCUCUGGUCAUGAUUGGAAGUAAAUACGAUAUUUUUCAGGAUUUUGACUCUGAGAAGAGAAAAGUUAUAUGCAAGACACUUCGGUUUGUUGCACAUUAUUAUGGAGCAUCAUUAAUGUUUACCAGUAAAUCAGAAGCUCUACUACUAAAAAUACGUGGAGUUAUCAACCAGUUAGCAUUUGGCAUUGACAGAAGCAAAUCAAUAUGUGUGGAUCAGAAUAAACCACUGUUUAUCACAGCAGGAUUGGAUUCUUUAAGUCAAAUAGGACCUCCUCCUGUUCCUGAUAAUGACAUUGGAAAGCUCCAUGCCCAUUCACCAAUAGAAUUGUGGAAAAAAGCGUAUGAAAGGGUCUUUCCACCAAAGAGUAUCAACACACUAAAAGAUACCAAGGACCCUGCAAGAGACCCUCAGUAUGCUGAGAGAGAAGUUGAUGAAAUGAGAAUUCAGAAGGAUCAGGAACUGGAACAAUACAAAAGAAGUUCUUCCAAGUCCUGGAAACAAAUUGAGCUUGAUUCUUGAAGCUAAUUCAACUACAGUAUAUUUAUUUCUUCUUUCCCAAAUACCAAUAACGUUUAUUUUAUUAAUUAGCUAAUAUGAAAGUAAGUGAAGAAAGUUAAGAUGUCUAAUUUGUUAAGUGAAAAGUGGAAUUUCCUUUAUUAGUGCAACUCCUUGGAUACUUUUAAGGCUUUUAAAAGGGAGAAAAGUGUAAUUACAUGAGGUAUUUUUUUUUUAAAUAAAAAAUUUUCUGCCUGCCUCUA